UUAAGGCUAAUGCCACGGAUCAAAAAACGCAACCCAUCUGGCUUUGCAUACGGAGUAUUUAGGAAAUGGGAGCACUGUAGAUUUUGAUACCCGGUAACGAACCCGCGACGCCAUCGCACCAAAGCAAAUACUGAACGCAACUUCAAGAAAGGCUGACGAGAUGGAGCCAUCUCUGUCAUCUCUUGCAUACAAGGGGUCUGUCACUGGAGCAAUUUGUGAAGCCAAACAGCAGAAGAAACUUUUCGUAGUUUACAUCUCAGGUGAUAACUCAGAAAGUAAGCAUCUAGAAUCCUCCACAUGGUUGGACGCUCGAGUGGCAGAGUCUGUAUCUGAGUAUUGCAUUUUGUUGCAUAUUGUGGAAGGAAGUAAUGAUGCCAUGAAUUUCUCAGCAUUGUAUCCGCAGAAGCUUGCUCCAUGCAUAACAGCUGUUGGAUACAAUGGCGUGCUACUUUGGCAGCAUGGGGGCUUCGUAGAUGCGGACAUUCUUUCUUCCAGCUUAAAAAAGGCAUGGGAAACAUUGGGCCCUGUUCCUAAGGCUGAACGUCCUCCAGGAACUCUAAGUUCUAUUUCACCCGAGCAGGCGAGUUCUUCGAGAGUAACUGUGCAAUUGCCAACUACAUCAGAAACAGAAUUGGCCUCUAAUACUGCUAGACGUUGUAUGGAUUCUCAUAACACGGUCAAGGAAGCAGCAGAGUCUUUUGAGGCUGGACCAUCUAUGGAAUCUACAACAAAAGUUAAGGAGGCAAGUUCUGUUCGUGUGAGUGGUGAAAGUAACAACUCUGAUGCCCCUGCAAUUGCACAAGUAGAAACUUCAUAUAAUAUUGGGGGAGACACUACUGGCACUUCUGAUGAUGGGUGUUCCAUUUCAAUAGAUAAAGCAACUGAAGUUGAGAAAACUCGUGUAGCACAACUUUCUUCCAGAACAUCAACAGAUGUUCAUUUAAACAUUAAACUGCCAGAUGGCUCCAGUUUACAAGUGAAGCUUUCAGCAACAGACAUUUUGAGAAAAGUCAAAGAUCAUAUUGAUAGGGACCAAGAAAUUAGCUCUUCUUAUGAUCUCGCUGUCCCUUACCCACGCAAGGUCUUUAGUGAUCAAGAUCUGGACAGAACAUUAUCAGAGUUGAAUCUCCUUGGUCGACAAACGCUGAUUGUGGUACUUCGUCACAAGGGAAACUUAUCAUUGCGAGACCAGAAUGCUUUGGCCAACAAGACUGGUUCCACAGGUGGGAGAAAUGAAGGAUAUUUCUCCAUAGUUAGGAGGCUCUUCUCUUAUUUGAAUCCUUUCUCCUCUCUUGGCGAGAGUUCUAGCUCAGCAGAUGAUACACAUGUUUCUCAAAGUGGCAUGUCAAAUAAUGGAAAUGGAAGACCCUAUAGUGUUAGUUCAUCAGAUCGACAGUCACCUGGUACCAGCACCCUCCGAUCUCGCUUUGGGAGGAAUAUACACACCCUGAAACAUGACGAUGAUAGUCCGUUUGGAGACAAGAAUGCAUUCUGGAAUGGGAAUUCUACGCAAUUUGGCGGCGACAGUGGUAAAUGAUAUAAGUGUACUUGGUAGUAUCUUUGCAUUUUCUUCAAAGUGCAUUUUGGCUGGGACUGGCUUCUCACUUCUGUUCUCUCAAAUUGCGAAAAGAUAAUAAUGUCACUGCACAUUUCAUGUGUUUUAAUUAGAUAAACGACACGAUUUGUGGUUCACAAAUUAGACCCCAACUUGCAAAGUAAUCACACCAAAUUGUAGAUAUGCAGUUUUGAAAUUUU